AUGUGCCCUUUCCAUCUUGCCUUGGCCUCUGAGGAUGUCAAUGGUACCCGUCUCCGCCUGGUUUGCAUUGGUACCAAAGGAGAUUGGGUAUUCUUGCGAAAAGAGUGGCAAAACCCGACAGAGAGUGCGGCAUGGCGCACUUCUGGUGAUGGAGGGUGUCCCUACAAGCCCGGCUUUGCGCCACUCCGUCAUAUUCCGGGGUGUCACGAGCCCAAGUACAUCCUUUUGGAUUACUGUCAUGUGUUCCAUCUUGGAUAUGGCCAAGAUAUGGCGGCUUCCUCUAUUAUCCUUUUGAGCCUCUUAGGCCACUUUGGAAAUGAGCGCAAACUUGACAAUAGGUUGAUUGCAGCCUACGAGAAAUUUGACCAGUGGUGCCGUGCUAACCACCGGACGAGUGCCAUUGAUGAGUUCUCCAAACAAUCCUUUGGCAUGGGGAGCCUAAUCUUAAUGGUCUUUAUUUAUACCUAUACUGUAUAUAAUAUUUAUACAUAUAUAUAUAUAUAUAUGCCAAAAUAA